UUAAAGUUUUCUCUGUACGUUAUCGCGUUGUCUAUUGCAUAACUCAACGGUGUUUUUCUAAAUUGGAAACAUACAUUUUUCCAUUAUUACACGAUGCUACAUUUUAAUAACAUUCUUUUUCUAGCUCUCUUCAUCACUGGAAUAUCAUUGGGUGGAUCACAUCAUUAUCAUCAUCGUUGUUUUCAUAUAAAAGAUUUGUUUCGUAAACUACAAAGAGCGAUGGACUGUUGUCAUACUGAUUGCCAUGAUGAAUGUGUUCCCCCUUCAAAUGUUGUUUACACUUCUGCUCCUGGUCCUUAUCAAGUUCCUUAUAACCCUUCUUCGUACACUAAUCCUCAACUUCCUCCAAACAUGACCAAUAAUCCUUCUGGAUAUAAUAUUGCUCAACCUUUAACCCCUUAUUAUAAUCCCUCUGUAUUGGCUGACCCUCAAACUUCAAACCCUCUUAAUAAUCCUUCUUCAUAUACUACUUCUGGACUUCCUCCAAACAUGACCAAUAUUGCUUCUGGAAAUACUGUUGCUCUACCUAUCAACCCUCCUGUAUUGAAUACUCCUCAAACUUAUAAUCCUUCUGCAUAUAUUCGUCCUAUUUCUUAUCCUUAUCCUACCUCUAAUUUUUCUGAAAACUCUUCUAAUUAUGAUCCGAAUCCUACUCCUGUCAUAAUCCAAUAUCAUGGAACACAUUGUCAUCAUCCGAAAAUUCGUUACAACCAUUGUCAUGAAGUAUGGGUUAAAGAGAAUCCUUAUACACUUAUAGAAGAGACUGUUAACCUUAACGAGUAUGGUAUGGGUAAUUACCGUCAUCAUGAAGUUGAAUGGGACAAAAAAUGUGGCAAAUUUAUAGCUAAGUGUCGUCAUGAAUGUUGAACGGCAUUCGCAUUGUAACACAUUUAGACUUCGUCAUCAUUGUCAUCACAAGUGAGAUUAAAUCCAAAGGUGCCAUAGAAUAUCCAGUUUCUUUCAAUACAGAAUAGUCAUUAUAACCUAUUAUUAUUUAAUUAUUAUUAUACAUUUACACAAUUAACAUUAUAUUACCAUUAAAUCACAGUAAA